AUUAAGUACCCUGCUGAUAUUCCAGAUUAUUUCAAGAAAGCAUUUCCCGAGGGUCUGACAUACGACAGGAAAUUAACAUUUGAAGAUGGUGGGUGUGCCACGGCCACCGUGGAAAUGAGGUGAGUAAUUCCUUACUAUUUAACUGUUAAUCAGCUUUUUAACUUGGAAAUUGCGAUUUUUGAGUUAUUUGCGAUUUGCGCUUGAUGUGAAAAAGUGAAAAUCCACGACGAAUUUCCAAAAUGAAGAACAUCAUGGAAGCCUCAAAAGUGCAUUAAACCGGUGAUAACCGGUUACUUUUCAAAAAACAAUCAGGCAAAACUCAGUUUGUACAAAUUAGCCUAGUUUUUUUUUUAUAUUGGUCACUUUGUUCCUUUCAGGCUUAUUUGGUCCUCUAACAUAGUUAUCUAACCUGUUGAUUUAGAGGCUUUUAUUCCAUUAAAAUCUUGUCACCUCGUAAGGUGGACUCAAAAUGUAUGUUUUAAUCAUUUUGCAUUCUGAAAUGCUUCCUACUUUGACAGCCUCAGAGGCAACACUCUUGUGCACAAAACCAAUUUCCAUGGAGCCAACUUUCCCAUCGACGGGCCUGUCAUGCAAAACAGGACGCUUGGCUGGGAACCAACCUCGGAGAAAAUGACUCCUUGUGAUGGAAUAAUCAAGGGAGACACUGUCAUGUACCUUUUGGUCGAGAGAGGGAAAAUGCUGAAAUGUCGAUAUGAAAAUAAUUACAGGUAA